UCUCAGAAGUCGGGCACAAAUUUUGCUAGGAAGACCUUUGGCUUGAUUUAUGGAGAGGAACAAGUAAAGCUAAUGACUGCCAAGGGACGCAAGAAGGGCAGUCUGACAGCAUCGCCUGAUGACUUGUCGACUAUAUAUGCCUUUGUUACUGAAUACUGUCCCGACUUGACUUGGAGCCAGUUUGUUAGAGCUAUCACAAAGAAGUGCUCAUCCACUAAGGCCAAAAAGGAACCCUCAAGUAGCAAGAAAUGCUCCCCCGCAAAGAAAAAGAAGAAGGGCUCAGACUCUACUUCAAAGGAUGAAGGCUCUCCUUCCAAAAAGGAGAAUAAGAUAGUUGUUGAGCCGCUGAAGUCUCCUCUCAAGACUACUGAGAAGUCUCCAAUAAAGAGUCAUUCGGUGAUUGCCUCCCCUGCCAAGUUCCAGAAGAGUUUGGUUGUCACUCAUACUGAGCAGCAAUCACAAAUGUAUCAAUACAAUCAACAUCCUACUUAUCAAAAUUGUUCUGGCUUUUAUGUUGAUGGCAUGCAGCAAGAGGCUGCGCAACCAAUGAUGCAAUCUGGUCACACUCCAAAUGGACACCAGAAUGAUGCCAUGCAGCAAGGGGCUGCAUAUCCGAUGAUGCAAUCUGGACACACUCCAAAUGGACACCAAGGUGGGAUGCAGCAAGGGGCUGCAUAUCCGAUGAUGCACUCUGGUCACACUGGAAGUGGGGGUCAUUACCCACACACUGGAAGUGGAGCCCAUUACCCUCACACUGGAAGUGGGGCCCAUUACCCUCAAACUGGAAGUGCAGUUCAUUACCCUCACACUGCAAGUGCAGUCCAUUACCCUCACACUGCAAGUGGAGUCCAGUAUGCUCACACUGGAAGUGGAGUCCAGUAUCCUCAAACUGGAACUGGAAUCCAAUACCCAUCAUCUCCCACUGUGUGCAAGAGCUUUAAGUGGAGCGUACUUCAGUUAGGCGGCUGCAUUUAA